GCAACAAGUAGAAAUGUUAUCCAUUUUUAUCAGUAGUAUUGUUUGAAACGAUGAAUUACUAUUGGUUUGUUGGUCUGGUUUUGAAUGGAAUCACAACUGCUGUAGAUAUUUCCGUUAUGGCGAAAGAUGACCUGCAUGCAAUCAAUCCCACUAACAUAGGUUUCUACUUCUACGACAGGAAUAAUCCAUCAACCCCUUUUGAAAUCAACGACACGAACACUAUCUCUAACAGUUCCUUCAACAUCUCCAGGAACACCGUUUUCGUCACUCACGGCUUCACAGAGUCAUUCAAAGAUUGCUCAAUAAUUAAAGACGCUUUCCUCAAAAAACAUGACGUCAAUAUAAUCGUCAUUGAUUGGAGUAAAUACACCAUGACGGCCUAUUUGGAGAUCUCAGAAUUGUGUGAUUUAAUAAGCUCAUUCAUCAAGAAGCUCGUUAGUGAAAAUGAUCUACAAUUGAGUAAAACUUCGCUUGUUGGGUUUUCCUUGGGUGCACAUAUCAUGGGGGUCGUUGGAAGAGAUUUAGGAGGGUCAUGUGACCAAGUGAUAGGUUUAGACCCAGUAGGUAUAGGUUUCCAUAUCAUCGAAGCUUCUCAACGUUUGAGCACAUCCAGUGGCAAGUUUGUUCACGUAAUCCAUACCAACGGUGAUCAGUUUGGAUAUUACCAACCUCUAGGACAUGCAGACUACUAUCCCAAUGGGGGUAAGAAACAACCUGGAUGCGAAUGGGAAAUUCUUGGUGUAUGCGACCAUUUACGAUCUAUGGACUACUUUGGUGAGUCCGUUUCAAGUGGACGUUUCAGAGCACUCAAGUGCAACGAUUAUUCUCAGUUCAAACAGAAGAAUUGCAGUGCAGAUGUUUCUUUCAUGGGAGAAUUUCCGGUUGAUAAGAGGGCUUCGGGUAUAUAUUUCUUAGACACAAAUGGAGUACCACCAUAUGCUAAAGGAUAACUGAUAUAAACUUAUCAAUAAUUGAUUGGAAUUGAUUGAUCUCGUGAAAUAGAUUGAUGUACAAACAAAUCAUUUCUGAGAUUAUUUAUUUUUGCAAUUCAUCGCUAUACAUUAAAUGAAAAAUUUAAUUCCAAAAAGUGUAUUUUCAUUAAUACAUUGUACUAAACGUUUGACUAGA